AUGCCAUAUAGAGAGUUGUUUCAGAUAUCAGUUGAUCAACAAGCAUUGCCACUAUGCUGGAAAACAGCUAUCAUAACACCAGUCGCUAAAAAACCACAUGCGUCGGAAAACAAUGACUACCGCCCUGUAGCAAUUAUAUCUGUGGUGAUGAAACGCUUGGAGCAGAUUAUUCUACAUAACCUCAUCCAGCCUAUUCAGGAGAAAUUCGACAUCUACCAGUUUGCAUACCAGCCCAAUAAAUCAGUCCAGGAUACUGUUCUGAGUUCCACGCACGAAAUCUACCAGCAGUGCUAUGCAAGGGCUCUGUUUAUUGACUUCUCAUCGGCUUUCAAUACGAUACAAUCAACUUUGUUACUGGAGAAACCAAAGAUACUAUAA